CAUUGCAAGGCCAUCCAAAGAUCAUUCGUCGCCACAGGAACGUGUCUUUGUUCUUUUCUCGGUCAUUUCAUUCAAUGCGUAUCCUUUUUGUGUAUUUAUCACUCUAAUUGUUAAAGUGAUAACAAUUAGUUUGCUAUUAUAAAAGCCGUACGAAUCAAUCGUCGGAAUCAAUCAUCAACCUGCUUCAACCUACAAGUUGUUAACUUAUUUCCUUACAGCCUCCUCGACACCGACGCUUCGAAUACAAUAUAUAUAACCCUACCCUCUAUAAAUGCUUCAGUCAAGACUAACUGAACUUCCCCUUCCUACCGAUAUCUUUAGGGAAAUUGCUUCUUGUAUUCCACCCCGGAACGCAACCGAGAUCUUGAACUUUGCGUUGACGUCAAAACAUAUCUAUGCUUGCGUUUCCUCGUUCCUUUAUCAUGAGAUUGAAGUACGAGACUUCAAACGCGCAAAUACACUCAUUCAACACCUUUUAAUCCGCCCUGCACAAGCACGUUUAGUGCACCAACUGAUCCUUAGGCCAAACUACCUCCGAAUGACAUCGAAAAAGCGUCUCUUGAAAGAACGAGAACUUGCUCUUGUGCUGCAGCGGCUGGCUCCAAAUUUGCCACACUUGCGGAAAUUCGUAUGGGAUGGCCUUGAGAUCCCCGAAAGCGAUCUAUGGGCUGCUUUAAGGGCUGGGUGUCCACUAUUGAAAGAAAUUGGAACGAAUCUUGGUUGUGAACAGUUUGAUUUUGAUAGCGAGCUGUUCGCAUUUUCAGGUCUCCAAAGUUUCUCACUCACAACUGAACUCCACGGUGGACGGUACGACGUUCCAAACCCUGACCUUUUCCCCUUUGGAGACCAGCUACCUCCUGCACUUUGGACCAUGAUCGUUGACCGUUCUCCUCAUCUUCGAUCUUUGGUUGUCGGGGACAUCGGUGCAACCCUAUGUGGCAAUCGCAGACUUGAUAUUCGCCCUAUGAUGCGCGCGCGAUGGCAAAACCUCGAGUCCUUAUCGCUCGAUACUGUCUCUGUAUCUCAUUCCGACGACUUCAUGAUCAGUCGUCGCGAAAAACAACUGCCAUUCAGUGAGUUCUUUGAACAGCAUAAAUACGGCUUGAAAAAUCUGUCGUAUCAUCGGUUCGACGCUGCUACGUAUGGGACAAUUGAUGAUCAGGAUGAUAGCGAGGAAAGCGCUCAAUCUAGUGUCGCCGACGCUCCUCACAGUGAUUUACCUCAGGCUGAAAACUUCAAACUGGCUCUUGUAUCUCACGGAUUGGGUUUUCUAACAACUGAGUCCAUACAAUAUCACGUACUCCAGGAGCUCAUGUUCACAGAUGAAGGAUAUCGUCCGGAUUGGCUGCCAUUGUUCGGAGAACUCUUGAGAGAACUGCCAAAUUUGAAAAGGUUCGGAGUGUGGGUUGAUUUUUCGCGCACGUAUUCAGUACAAGAGGAGGACGAGGGGAAGUUGAAGAAACCGACCUUGGCUGAUCAAAGGAAAUUAUUGAGGGAGUUAUAUGAGUCUUGUCCGCCUAAGUUAGAGAGCCUGAAAUUGUUGCUUUCAACGAAAUCAAAGGAGACGAUAUAUUGGCGCGAUAUUCCUUCAAUACUUCGCCGUAAUGACACUGCCCAAAUCUCUACCGCAGGCCGAUGCCAGCUCAAACAGCUUGAGAUAUGGAAGGUCUUUAAAAUCGGAGACCGCGAAAAGUUAAGGGAUACAGCUCUCAAAAUUGCGCUGGACGAAGACCAUGGCCGAAUUGGCCACACAGCUGAUCACAGUAAUCAUCAUGACAUUGGACAAUCUUCUGGACCUCUCAAAUUCACUGCUCCCUUGCUCGAAAACAUUGUACUUGUCGUUUGUUUGUUUCCAUGGAGUACUUCCAUCAGUAAACGAGUGGAUAUCUUACAGCAUGCUUCGUACCAAGUCCAUCGCCGGCAUAUCGAUCAUUCGACUCUCGAUUCGAAGAGGAUCCUAGAGGCUACCUCUUCUGUUGAAAUUUCCACUCAAUCGCAACAACCUAGCAUGUCCAAGAAAGCUUUGUUUGGCGCAUUGCCCAGCUCAGUGCGGAAGCUGAAAGUCUGGGCCCAAACUUGGAAUACCUUUACAGUGCCGGUAUGAGCUUCAGCUAGUGCCGGUGUUAUCUUUCCAUGGGAAGAUGAUGGUGGAUGGGAGGAGGUUGAGGUUUGGAUCACCAACGAUUGUUAUCGGUGGUCACAAAGCAAAUCAUAAAAGGGAGUUGAAUGAAAUAGAGUCAGGUAGGAAGUGGAGAGCUGUAGAGAGCUGUCCGAGUGAGUGCUCCGGCUGACCCGCCGUCUAGCGGUGUGAUAGCACGAUCGUGGAAGAAAUUACUCAGGUCAGAGGAAUGUAUGGAAACAGGAUUGGAUCAAACUUGCUGAAAGCAGAAUAUAUAUCAUAAUACAAUCCAGAUUGUAUUUGUCGUAACUUGAGCAAUGCGGUUAUCAUGCCAAUCUGAAAAAUCUGUAAAUUUGCUAGAGCAACGGUA